UGGGCAGUGUAGAUAUCUGUAAACAAUUGCGACUACUUGGAAAUACCAAAAUCAGUAGUUGUUCGUAGUGAACGCAGACAGUCAAAGACGUCGACUUGUGCGCGAUAAGCGACCGCCUUGCUCCAGUCGUCCCAACCCAAGCGACGCUUCCUCAACCGCAACCGGGCUUUCUAUCGCUUUAGGCCUCCCUUCCUUCCCUUCCUCCACCCAAUCCACCUCCCCAUCCUUCCAUUCCUAUCUUCUUCUCUAUCAAACCACUCCACGGCUUUUGCAACAACCUCUGCUCCUGGCUAUCGUUCAAUCAAGUGAUCGCCGCGGCAUCUGCUGAUCUCCGACCCGCCGCUCCUGUCCGCGUGUCGUCGCCCGCCUUCGUCCGGCCCCCCCGCUUUCUGUCCUGAGUGGCUCGACUAGGCCUUGACCAUGGCUCCCUCCGCCCCCUCCACCUCGUCUAUUCUACAGACAAUCUCUCCCUUACCGUUCAUUUUGUCUAAAUCCGAAGACUCUGCCCGCAAGAAAGAUCCAAAGUACAAACGCUAUGCCGCAAACAUUGAUCGUGCCCUGGCUCUGUUUGAAAGUGUCGAAGAAUGGGCUGAUUACAUUUCGUUUUUGGGCAAGCUCUUGAGGGCACUCCAAUCUCAUACAGCUGAACAGGUCCCUUAUUCACCUAUAAUUGCCAAUCGCCUUGCCCAAUCGCUGCAUCCGAACCUUCCCUCUGGUGUCCAUCAGAAGGCUCUUGAGCUUUAUGGCUACAUCUUCAGCAUGCUUGGGAAGGACGAGCUGGCUCGUGAACUCAACAUCUGGAUUCCCGGAUUACUCCCUUUGAUGGCAUAUGCCAGCAUCAACGUCAAACCACACCUCAUUCACAUACUGGAAACUUGUAUCCUCCCCCUUCCCGCCGAAUCUCUGAGACCAAUCGUUCGACCUCUGAUUCUUUCGCUUCUUCCCGGAAUCGACGACGAGACCAGCGAGUCUUUCAACGCGGUCUUGACAUUGAUUGAUAGCUUCCGAGCGCACAUCGGCGAUGAUCAGUACUUUUGGCAGUGUUUUUUCCUGGUGGUCUUGAGCUCCGCCGAUCGCCGCCUCGGUGCCGCGAUCUACGCAGCUAGAAGAUUUCCCUCAAUCAACACGGUGCCCAGCGACAAGACAAAGGAUGAGCUUCUGCAGAUCAUCUCCGAUGAUGUCAAGGCCAUUGUGACUCCAGAGCCUGGCCUACUCGUCCGGGCGCUUGGAAAGGGACUCGAGGAUGAUCAAGUUCUUGUGCAGCGUGGAUUCCUGGAACUACUAGUCCGUAACGUGCAACUUCAAAGUGGUGCCGUUCAGACCCUCGUCGCCCCCCAUGACCUCAUGCUGCUUAUGAUGUCUGCAUCCUCCGUGGUUCUUCGUCGAGAUAUGUCUCUCAACAGACGACUUUGGACCUGGCUCCUGGGACCCGAGCCAUCUCCAGACCAUCCCGCUACGACUCCACACCUUAGCCGCUCAGAAUAUUUUCAGAAAUUCGGCAUUACUCCUUUGGUGAAUGGAUUGAACGAACUAAUCGCCUCUACGUCUCCUGAUCCUGUUGCUCGUGCCAAGCCGUACCGGAUAGCUCUGAGCUUGAUGGAUCGCUGGGAAGUUGGUGGCGUUAUCAUUCCCGGCGUGCUACUACCCAUCGUUCGUAGUGUCAGGAGAUACAGGACCGAGGCAAAGACUGACGCCGACUACCAAGAGGUUCUCCGCAGUGCUAGUGCGUUUUUCGAUGGUGUUGAAGCUGGCAGCAUCUGGCUUGAUGGUUUCCUUUUGGUCAACCGAGAUCACGAUCUUGACCUUUUGCUUUUUAUCAUGAAGACUUUCAAUGUCCGGGAGGAGGAGAUGGUGAUCGUUCACCUGCCACUGAUUCUGAUCUCAUUAUUCAUAAUUCGAAAACGAGGAGUGGAAGUCGACAAGAAGGUCUGGCUAGAGCUCGCUUCCGAGGUUCUUAGCGUCAUACCUGCCCGUGCCCUGCUCCCUACAGAAAAGUCCGAACUGAGCACCUUCAACUCUGAUGAAAUUGUUGCCAAGAUCUCGCAGUUCUACAAUCGCUCGCCUGAUGAUCCAUCCACGCCGCCAUUCCUUCCAGCCACUAUCUCAUGGCUCCUAUUGACAGCCACUGCUGAAUUAUGUACAUCGACUCUGAAAGAGCUCGACCCCGACGCGGGAGAUAUCUGCAUCAUGCUUGUGAAUCUUCUCGCAAAGAUUCCCGGCGAGAAGACAUGGCGCAACGAAGAUCUGGUUGCAGCAUUGCUAUCUCUGAAGCCCGGCAUUCAAGUCCCUUUUAAAGUUCUUUACGGUGCAACUAGACUGCUGGGUAUAGUUAUUGAGCGAAACGGAAUGGAGCGCCAGGAAAUUGACAUCUCUAUUCGGAACUUUACCGAGUUGCAUUGGGGAUACCUUAGUCAACCUACCGGAAAGUUCCAUGUCGAGUCUGUCACUUCACUCUGGGAUCUCCAGAGUAAAUGCAAAGAUCAUAAAAUCGAAGCAGCAAUCUCCAACCUCGUGGCUGAUGCGCACGCUCAUCCAAACUCUGGCUACGCAUUCAUCAACCUAUGGGCACACAGCGUCGAUUAUGCUAACUUCGAGGCUAUCCUCACCCGUCCCCUCUUGCUGAUGCUGGACUCUUUGGAGGAUAAAUACUCUCCUCUGAGAUCUGUGUCCUUGGCCUGGCUUGAUAUGUUGGCUGCCACGUCUACUACGAACAGAUUGUAUGGAAUUUUGGUGUCACGAAUCCUUAAACUACCGUUCUUGAGACGCCAGGUUUAUUCGUUCGGCGAGGAUGAUGACCUAGAACUCUUCCUUUACUAUCUCAAGACGCUCACCAACAUUCUUGAUAUGGGCCCUCCUAGUUUGUGCGCCAGUCUGGCUACCGAUAUGAUUAGUGUGGAUGCGUCGCGGAGCAAUCUGCUGCAGCAUAUCGGGCUAGAAGACGGUGACCCAUCAUACAGAGGCUUCUUUAUUCGAGUCAUACUGCGGACUUUGAAGUACGAUAUCCCUCCUGAUAGUUCACCUCAGCUACAGGAGAGUCUUUCAAAGGUUCUUCGAGGAGCUCUACAGCUUCUCGACGUGAUUCUCACCAACCCUGAUCGGCCGAUGCGGCCAGAGCUCGCUGUAGAGCAAGCUCUCACUUCUCGAUUGUCAUCAAGCACCUUCAAAAAUGAUAUCUAUACACAGACGUUGAUCCUGGAUGUGCUUUUCCGAACUCUCAAGGUCAACUACGGAAGCUCCAGAACCGACAAUUCAAAGGUGCACCCCGAUAGCGUGAUCAAGCUGCGCGAGUCGCUUGAUGUCACUCCAGCAGUUGAUGGCCAGGGUUCGCGAUCUCCCACAUCAAGCCUUAUACAGUGUGUCAUCGAAGGGCUUUCGACAGAUGAGAACCAGCCCGUUCUGGACUCGUGGGUGAAAUUUCUGAUCGACUGUCUUCCGUUUUUCUCGGACGUCUUGUUCCAGAUUCUGAUUCCAAUGGUUGAGUGCUUCUGUACUCAGAUCAAGACAGACUUUGAGGACCUCAAGGUUGUCUACAGCUCCAAGUCGUCUAGCGGCGUGAAGAUAGGGGCCUCAGAGGGUGCUUUGUUUGCUCUGAUGCAUGGUUUGGAACAUCUGAUGGUGGCAGCGCAUGACAAGCUGUUGGACGAAGAGCAGAAGACGAUUAACCCGAAAACACCCUCUGAGCCUGGAUUUUUUGGUACCGUCAUCUCAGGCGUGUUCUCAGUAGAGUCACCUCAAGCUCGCAGUGCGGCAGCAAACAACAGAUUGACAGUUCUGUUGUGCUUCCAGGAUUGUAUCAGGAUCAAUCACUCCAUUUGGCUGUGGGGCGAAGAGAUUGCUAAAGGAGCGAAGAACAAACCCGAUUCGGCAUCUCACGAAUCGUUCAUGUACAUUUCGUCGAGAAUGAAGUAUAGGGCCCGUCGCAUCCUAGAGCGCUUAUACUUGUCUGAAACGCUUGAGAGCUUGGAGACUUUGGUUGAUAUCCACAAACAGUAUCCUGUGUUCAAGCUCCUUCACGUACUUGACGGAUCGCGACCAAAGCUUACUUUCCCGUUUGUUUUGAACGCGAUUUACAGUCGGAUCAAUCCCAUGGUUCUCGAGCAGUCCUACCGGUCUACGUUGACUACUGAUCUGACUGACUACCAGCUGGUCGAGUUCCUUGUCGACUAUGUGAGCUCGCUUGAUAAUGACGCGAUUGAAGAAAUCUGGAUGGACUGUAUGACCUUUGUUAAGGAUGUGCAGGCCAAUAUCAGUCUAUACCGACACGUGCUUCCGAAUGUCCUUGUAUUCAUUUCUAUAAUUGGCAGCAAAGUCGACUCAACGAACUUUGGCGAGCAAAGAAGGCUGCGAAAGGAACUGGCGGACGUGUUCUUGAAACUUCUGAACUCCUCAGUAGCUUCCAGACAGGUCACGGGUCUUGCGUCUCCCGAGCCUUCUGCUCUUUCAUCAGUUGCUGAGAAGGACAAGUAUGUUGAUUCAGACGAGUCUCAGGCUCCUUCAUUGGCACAGUCAACUGCUACAACACUUGUGCACUCCGAUUCGGUACAAACACUGCGAACGGCGAGCUCGUUCCAAGCACUCCCGUCGCUUGCUACGAUCGGACUUGAUAGCGGUUCCAGCUCCAAGCCAAAGGUCUCGCAAGAGGAGCUGUGUCGUGCUUUGGCUAUCAUUGUGCCCAAUUUGCAGAAAGUUCUGCUCGAAUCGGAUCGUGUUGCUGUCGCGUGCACUAUUAUUGGAGCUAGUGUGAUUACACCUGCGCUAAAGUCGAAGGGUUUCCCCGCUAGUGCGUCCGCGCCCGUGCUCGAGGUUCUGUACCAGACGUCUCGGGUCCCCAACUCGCAGAAAGCUUGGAAAACGUCAGUCACCGACGCUUACUACGACAGCAAGUUUUUCACUAUGAGUGAGGCUUUGCGACCGAGAUGGCGAGACGUUAUCAAGCAAUGGCUCGGAAACGACAAAGAGCGGAUUCCGGAUUUGAUUUCUCGUGUGUCUGCGCAUUCUUCUACUACCAACGUGGUGUUUGGAUGGUCAGACCAAGAGUCGAUUGCUCGUCGGUUGAAUCUCCGCCGCCUCGCGUUUGCUUUUAUGUGCGGCGAGACUGAUCAGUUUCUGGUCAAUCUUAAGGAGACGCUCGAUAAGCUUUCCGAGCUAGUGAGUUCGUCCGUCACGGAGUCUAUCCGUAGCGAUGUCUUUUUGUGCUUGAGAGCGAUUAUUCUGCGCACUUCACCUGUGCAUCUGCCGCCCUACUGGACAUUUAUAUAUACCGAGCUCACCUCUAUCUUCACCGCGCUGACGAACGAGGACCCGAACACGUUGCGGGAGAAUAAGCUGCAAAACAUCUUUGCGGCUGCAAAGCUGUUGGAUUCUAUCUUGGUUUUGGGCCCCGAGGAGUUUCAGCUUCACUACUGGCUAUUUAUCAAGGACUCCUUGGAGGCUGCAUUCCCUAGGCUGGAAACGUCGCCGCUGCCUCUUAUUGAUCGGCUGUCUCUUUUGAUGGGAACACCGAUGGAGACGACCUCGUCUAUUGAUCCCGCUAGCACUUCUUUGACUCAAAAGGUCAAGCGCACACCUAUGCUCCGUGGUCAGACUCUGUCGGGCGUAUCAGAGCUCAAGCAGUUUUUCAGUAAACUCAGCAUUACUACAUAUGAGUGGGAUUUUAAUCUAGGCGAGCCAGAUAUCGAGGCUUUGGAGGAAGAGGUGUACGCGGAUAUCUUCAUGUAAGAAGAGUGUGUGGUGAAGAUGAUACUUGGUAUAUGUGCUUUCUGCGACUCGCACAAUCUGGUUAUAUGUAAUGUAAAUGCAAGAGAGUGGUGCUUUGACUCGACUGCUCCAUCCGCUUUAGAUUUUUCUUUUCUUUGUUGAUAACUGAUUUUCUAUUCCUUUUCGAAUUCAUGGAUGGUGUGAGCAUUGCUGUUUUAUAAUGUACCUAUUAACAAUUUAUCUAAAUCAAG